GCCUGAUAAUAUUCCUCGGCAAUUGCAACAUUUUCGAAAAUUAUCGCACACUCUCGCGCACUUCAACAUGGAAUUCCUACAUUAAAGAGGUCAAGACUAAGUUUAUGUCUCCUUACCAUGAUUCUCAGGACCCAGAAACAGAAAUUAAAAACUUGAUGAAGAAAAUUGGUUUCCGAGAUAUAAGUGUCAAAGUACACGAACUUUCAUUUGAUUUUAUACGCGGUAUAGACGAAUUUAGUGAUAUGAUGAAAUGCCUGAACCCUUUCGAAGGACUGGAGAACAAAUGGGAAGAUUUCAUAGCCGACUAUGUCCAACUGGAUCCAAAUGCGAGCACCAUCGUAUAUCAGCUGUUGGUUGUUUCUGGAAAGAAAUGAGGACAAUGUUUUAAGUUCCUAUUGUAGUAGUAGUAAACACUUUAUAGCAAAUAACAAAUUGCAAGUACAGUCAACAAUUAUAAUGGUUAUUUACAAAGGCGAGCUUAUCUAUUGUAUUUAUUUAUCGCGAUAUUUAUGAGUACAUACGAGUAUGUGGCUUGGAUCUAAAAUUAUUCAUUGAGCAUCAAUUAGCUCCAUAAUACAUAAUCUACAGUUUGCGCUAUUUAAAUAAAAAUAUUUUUUGGCAUUAAAAGAGCACUUAAA